UGGAACUCAGAACUAGUAAGCCCAUGCUAGGGCGCGUGGCGGGUGCUACCAAUUGCACAGCGUAGUGCGUCGCUAGGAAACGUGCUCGGACCUCUUAACUUCGUUUGGCAUCUCGGCAAAUUGAGCUGAAUGGGGCUGCGCUACCAACGUUUUGGGAUUAAAGCUAGUAACGUACAUGGACCACUUCGUGUAUCCAGGAGGCCCAUAACGGCUGCAAAACGUCCCGGAAGGACUCGAUUCUCUUGCCGCGCCAUGGCCGAGUACUCUCGUCUACCUGAAAAGCUCGUAGCGGGCACACCGUCAGUACUGGACAAAGCGGCGGCAGACCUCAAUAGCUUUUAUACACUGGCCGGCGCCUCCGAAUCCACAGCUUCAGCAGUGACUGUAGCAGCCACUGUCCGAGACCAUCCGACCGUACAGCGCGCUGGCGGUUGGGUAUCGCCGCUGGCUGACGCUCUGGAGCAAGUGCUUUACUUGCUCCAAGAAGGCCUGGAUAAGGUACACGUGCCAUACUCCUACGGAUACUCUAUCAUCCUCCUGACCCUGUUCGUAAAGAUCGCCACGUUUCCCCUGACAAAGCAGCAGGUGGAGUCUGCACUUGCCGUACAGGCGCUAAAGCCGCGUGUGGAUCUUAUCCGCGACCGGUAUGGCGAAGACAAGGAAAAGAUCCAGAAGGAGACCUCUAUGCUGUACGAACAGGCGGGCGUGAACCCGCUGGCCGGCUGCCUGCCCACGCUGGCCACCAUCCCUAUCUUCAUCGGCCUCUACUCCUCGCUCACUAAUGUGGCGAAUGAGGGGUCGCUGGACACGCAGGGAUUCUACUGGAUACCCUCGCUGGCAGGCCCCACCACCCUAGCCAUGCGGCAGUCUGGCCUGGGUACCUCCUGGCUGCUGCCGCUGGUCGACGGCGUGCCCCCCAUCGGCUGGUCGGCAGCAGCUGCUUACCUGGUGCUGCCCGUGCUGCUGGUGCUGGUGCAGUGGGCCGCGUCCGCCGUCACCAGUCCGCCCAUCGACCCCAAGGACGAGAACGCAAACACGCAGCGUGCGCUGCUGGUGGGGCUGCCGCUCAUGAUCGGCUGGUUCGCGCUCAACGUGCCCUCGGGACUCUCGCUCUAUUACCUGGCCAACACGACGCUCAGUGCUGCGCAGCAGAUCUACCUCAAGAAGCUGGGCGGGGCACAGGUUGCCAUCCGAGACCUGGGGCCGGUCACCAAGCCGGGAUCGGGUCGGCGUGCGGGUGGCCCCGCGCUUGGCUUCAGUCGCUGGGCACCCACCAGCGUCAAAAACACCGCUGAAGCAGCCAAGGAGCGAGCGGCGGCGGAGGCGGCCAGGGAGGCGGCGGUGUACGACGGUUACAGCGGCGGCGCCCUGGCGGCGAACGUGACGGAGGAAAGGGUUGACCCUGCUAAGGUGGACCGGCGGUGCAAGAGGCGGCGGCUGUCGUCGCUGGUGCAGGACGGGUCAGGCGGCGGGCUGGCAACGUGUACAGCAGUGGCGGCGGCAAGGAUUUCUUAGAGCGACAAGUGUCGGGCCAUGGAGUACAUUUAAGUGCGGGAAUGGGACAUGGGCAAGGAGAAGUCCGGUGCUGGUAUGGGUCCGGACGAGGAGGGCUUGCGGUUGGCCAUUUUACGGUGAGGGCAGGGCAGCGGCAAAGAGUUUAGGACAAGGCAAUCAAGGUUGCUGCGAAAAAGGCGGGAGUGUUUUUGUUUGUAUCUCCUGCGGCUGGGGAUCCGCAUUGCUGUGCCGGAAAGCUUGCGCAAUUCAGUGUUGGCAUUUGAAUCGGUAAAAAUAGUGCAACAUGGUUACAUUAACUUCUAAGCGUUUUCAGGAUUAUUAUUUGCGUGUUACCGAGCUUGUGCAGUGGAACCUAACAGUGGUUUUCCCUGGCGUUUUGGCAAAGUGUCUUAAUAUGCCUGCCGGUGGGUGGGAGGAUCCGUCCAAGGCCUUUGUUUCCUUUCAUUCAUCUUCGGGAAAUUCUAUGGUCGCCUGUGUUAAAAUAACUGUUCGCCUGUGUGUGCGCUUGCAUGCAAUGACUGACACAAAUCACAGUAUG